AUGAAGACUUGUCUAAUCGUCCUCGCCUUCCUCGGCAUGGCGGCCGCCGUCCCCGGCCUCCGCCACCGCCGCGACUCCUUCCCCUUCCUGUUCGAGCUGCCCUCCAACGCCUCCCUCAUCCUGGGCGGCAUCCAGACCGGCUUCGAGUGCGGCGACCUGCCCUACGGCUACUACGCAGACACUUCCAACAACUGCGCCAUCUACCACGUGUGUCUGCCCUACAUCGACAAUGACCUGUACGUGACCCGCCACUUCUCCUUCCUGUGCGGCGCAGGCACCAUGUUCGACCAGGAGCGCCUCGUCUGCGACUUCCCCGAGAACUCCGUUGCCUGCCAAGAAUCAACCUCCUUCAGGAGAGUAAAUGAGUACUUCGGCCGCCCCGUCAACUUCCUUGAGAAGUAA